CAAUGUUUCUCAAACAAGAAAAGAACUCUUCAGGCUGAGCUUUUUCAGUAUAAAUCCGAAUAUGAUUAUGACGAAGUUGAGGAGGAGAACAAGUGCAAUUCUGGAUCAUUGUCGAGGACAACAAAAAAUUCUAUUAAGCAAAGGAGGUUCAUUUCAAUUAAGCAAGGUAUGAGGAUGCAAGAGCACAAAGGAUCACAUGGUAAAAGAGAUUCUGAGAGGAGCUUGGGUGAUUCAGACAAGAAGAAAAGUUAUGAAGGUAAGUUUUGGAUGGAUGAAUGUGAAGAUGAAGGUGAUGAAGAAUGGGAGGUGCGCAUGGAUAAUAGGAGGUCUUCUAUUACCGGAACAAGCAUCUCAAUAAAGACCAGCCAGCAAACUCAAGGCAUUGAGAGCUCACAUGGAAAAAAAAUGUCAGAAAGGUAUCGUGCUGCCUCAAACAAUAGAAAGCCGGCUGACCAGGAUUUUUAUUUUGGUGAGUGGAUAUGUGAUGAUGAAGAUGUGGUUUUAACAGAAACAAGGAUAAGUAGAAGUGUUAAUUCAGAUGAAGUGAUGACAAAACGGGGUCUACGGAACAGUAAAGAAAAAAAUGAUGAGUGUGAGAACCUGCCUUUGCGCAGUUCAUCUUCUUCGUCGUCUUCCACUUCUUCUUCUCCAGCUUCAAAAAGUGAUGGGAAUAUCAUAGACAGUUAUAUAACUAAGAACAUGAAGAACAAUGGAGAGAAGUGCUUGAAGUGUCAUCAGUGUAGCAGAAAAGAUAGAAGAAUUGUUGUUCCUUGCACCAAGUGCAGAGAGAAGCUAUAUUGUAUCCAAUGUAUUAAGCAAUGGUAUCCUCAAUUGUCAGAAGAAGAAAUUUCAGAGCUUUGUCCAUUUUGCCGUGGAAAUUGCAAUUGCAACUUGUGCUUACGCUCAAGUGGAAUGCUGAAGACUUCAAAGAAAGAUCUCAAUAAUCAAGAAAAGGUUCAGCAUCUUCUCUAUAUGAUCAAGUUGCUUCAUCCAUUUCUAAAACAAAUUUGUCAAGAGCAAACUGAGGAGAUAGAGAUGGAGUCCAUUAUUCAAGGAAAACCGUCAUCUUUGAUUGAAAUAAACCAAUCUGUUUGUUCCAACGAUGAGCGUGUCUAUUGCAACCACUGUGCAACUUCAAUCAUUGAUCUUCAUCGAAGUUGCCCUAAUUGCUCAUAUGAACUCUGUAUUAGUUGUUGUCGGGAGAUUCGCAGGGGUGAUCCUCCAGUGGAUUACAACAGAGUAGGUUUUCAAUAUACAGAUAGAGGCUAUGAUUACAGUCAUGGUGGAGACCCAGUGCCAGAUUCUUCUUGCAAGAAAACUUCCGUGGAUUGGAGUGAGCCUAUGACUGAUUGGGUCGCCAAAGUUGAUGGAAGUGUUGGCUGUGCUCCAAAAGAAAUGGGUGGGUGUGGUGAUCGUGUAUUGGAGCUUAAGUGUAUCCUUCCAAAGGGCUGGAUUUCGAGUUUAGAAGCAAAAGCAGAAAAAAUAGUAGCUGAAGGUAAAAUGGUUAAAAAAUUAUCCGGGUCGAUUUGUAACAAUGAUGGUGAGAUGAUGCAUAGAGCAGCUUCUAGAGCAGGCUCUGAUGACAAUUAUUUGUAUUUUCCAUCUGCGAAGGAUGCCUUAAAGGAGGAAGAGCUUUUGCGCUUCCGUAGCCACUGGGAAAAAGGUGAGCCGGUGAUUGUUCAAGAUGUUCUUGAGCAGACGACCGGCUUAAGCUGGGAGCCAAUGGUUAUGUGGCGUGCAUUGUGUGAGAAUGUGGAUUUGAAGAUUAGUUCAAAGAUGUCAGAAGUAAAGGCUAUCGAUUGCCUGGCUGGUUGUCAGGUUGAGAUUAAUACUCAUAAAUUUUUCAAAGGUUAUGUAGAAGGGAGAAGAUAUGCAAAUUUCUGGCCUGAGAUGCUCAAACUAAAGGACUGGCCGCCUUCUGAUAAAUUUGAGGAUCUCUUGCCACGUCACUGUGAUGAGUUUAUCAGUGCAUUACCAUUCCAGGAAUACACAGAUCCUAGGAUUGGUUUUCUCAAUCUUGCUGCGAAGUUGCCUCCAGGUGUCCUAAAGCCUGAUUUGGGUCCAAAGACAUACAUUGCUUAUGGGAUGUCAGAAGAACUUGGACGUGGAGAUUCUGUAACGAAACUUCAUUGUGAUAUGUCAGAUGCGGUGAAUAUAUUGACUCACACAGCAGAAGUCAUGUUAAGUGAUGAGCAACACUGUGCAAUCGAAAGGUUGAAAAGGAUACACAGAGCGCAGGAUGCAAGAGAACGCUUUGAUCGAGAGAUGAAUGGAUUUUUUGCUAAACUCAAGAAUGGAAUCAAUGAAGAGACAGAAAACUCCAGUGGAGCUGCAUGUUGUGGGCUGGAGGUGUCUAAUCAUAUUGUCUCUACAAGCGAAAAGCCAUACAGAAGUAGUGAAGUAGUGAGUGGAAAUUUGGUAGGUGAGGAUGCAGGAAUAUUAGGUUUUCCUUUCCAACCGGAACAAAAGACAGAGAAAACAGGAUGUGCUCUUUGGGACAUCUUCCGAAGGGAAGAUGUACCGAAAUUAAAAGAGUAUCUUGUCAAGCAUUCAACAGAAUUUAGGCACACUUAUUGUUGUCCAGUUGAACAGGUUGUUCACCCAAUUCAUGAUCAAACAUUCUACUUGACUUCAGAACAUAAAAGGAAGCUCAAGGAGGAAUAUGGAAUAGAGGCUUGGACGUUUGUGCAAAAACUUGGAGAGGCAGUAUUUAUUCCUGCUGGAUGCCCACAUCAAGUGCGAAAUCUCAAGUCAUGCACAAAGGUUGCUGUGGACUUUGUUUCUCCUGAAAAUGUCCACGAAUGCAUGCGCCUAACUGAGGAGUUUCGGAAGCUACCAAAAUACCACAGGGCUAAAGAAGACAAACUAGAGAUAAAGAAGAUGAUCCUUCAUGCUAUCAACCAAGCUGCUGAUGAUUUUGAAAAGCUGACAUCCGCAAGGUGAUGAUGCUAAUAGAAAUCAACAGCUACCUGCCAAUCACUCACUCUCACAGACGAUAAUGUAACUUCGUAUUAACUUCCUGUAAUAAUCGCCGUUUGCUGCUGUGAUCCUUGGAUUGUGAAAUAAUUUUGUUGGCCCAAGGAAGAGUUUUGCAAGUUUUUGUGGCAGCAUUCAGAGGUUUUGUCUUCCUAAUAAAACAUAGACAUUGCCUCUUGUUCCUCUCGCAUCUCGGUG